CGACUUUUACAGUUCAUGCCGGACGGGAUGUCGUUGUUGCAGAAAAGAGCUGUCUGAGCUGGCCCCCAGAUGCUAUGCCCUGGCGAUCAGUCGGUAGCGGCCGCCGUCUGAGAGACCCUCUUCCCAUCCGUUGUCAGCAAAAUCUGGAGAAGGAGCUCGGCAAGCGUCAGAUGCGAGAAGGCGGCGCUGCUCGAGCUCAUGAUGUGAAGUCGUACAAGCUCCGAGGUGUUCGGAGGAGGGACGGGAGGGGUGCAGGGUGGAUCCUCAGAGUGAAACAAGAGAUAUGCCCCUCUCAUCUUCCAAAAAUAUCAGACGCUAGCGGCAUUCACACCAGACUAUCACACUGUAUCUACAUCAUUAUUUCAUAUCAAAGCCUUUUAGAAUCAGAGUCACGAGAUGCACCAUCUCGCCUCACUGCAACUUCAAGGGUAGCUUACUUCUUCAGCUGCUGCACCGCUGCCAGGAAUUUUUAAGGGUUCUCAUGGCGUCUUCCUGCACGAUCUGCCUCUCUUCCAAGGCCUGUGCAGGCCUGCUUCCCAGCCGUGUAUGCUGAGGCGAGGCGCGGACCACCAUCUGACGGAUCUUAUAAGCGGCUGAAGAGUUGAGAUGCUUCCAUGAUCGGCAACAGGGUAAUAAUUAGAUACUGUAAAAAGAGAGAGAGAAAGAGAGAUCAUAGAUAUCUAGACACUUCAUCCCGUCGUUCUGGAUAUUGGGUUUGGCUAGGCAAUUGGGACUGCAGGAUCCGGCCGUUUCACCAACACCACCCGGCAGUAGCGAGAAGUGACCAAGACCAACAAAUCUCGAGGCGCCCCCAAUCACGCGUCAACACCCCGAAGCCGCGCGCUGAGGACCACCGAACACGACCCAGUGCCGUGCGCGCCGCGGCGGCGAAGGGUUGCUCUGACCCAAUGACCGAUAUCCUCGCACUCAGGUCAUAAACAGACACCAAAACAUCGACUUGGCUGUAGAAGUUCUGUGAGCUGUCCCACGUGGAAAUAGCGGUUGAUAUCAAAACAGCCACAGCCAAUAACCUGAUCCUUCCACAGCACCUUUUCAAACAGAUCUGGUGUUGUCAACAACGAUACCCGGCAUCUGAAGAAAGUGUGUGCUAGACUUAUCAAGGUCCCGACACCCUCCAAUCUCACCUCACAUAAUAAGUCCUGUUCCAAUUCUCACCCCGAGCGAGAGACCAACAGCGCCGUCUUUACUUAAUUCCCGGAGAUAUCAAGGCUCAUGCACCCCUGGCUUGGUCAAACCGACACUGUGACGAUCUAACGCGGCCUUGCCCGCAUCCCGCCAUCCCCACCUCCGCAGUCCAACUUAGCUUAUUCGAGAGCGCGGAAAUCGUCAGUUGCGAGAAGGCCAGAGAUAUUAAUAAAUGCUACGGACAGAGCAGCCCAGGCAGAGGGAUUUCAAGAGGAGAACUGGGGCUGUGGGAAGGACAUCAGAUACUAUGCCUAUGAUGUGGGACAGGUUGAAGCUCCCUCAAAAGCAGGACGACGAGGGGUUGAGAUUAGGUCUGGGAUACAGUAACUAUAAUGCGCCAAAAAGCCGAGGGUACAGCUACUCGAUCAAGGGAGGUCCGCCUCCCCCACGGCCGCCUCGAGAAUUUCUGGAGUCUCACCUUGAGACAUCUACUCCCCGCGCAGCAAUACAAGAGCCACCUCCCCGCAACCCAGCUCGAAUCAAGGUCCGCACCUCCACCUACCGACCACCGUCGUCUGUGUAUUCUCAAGACGCACAGGCACCACCGCCCGCCUCGAACUACACAGUAACCGUGGCUACCAAGUACGGCUACCGCUACGGCGGCGGCGGCGGCGGCGGCGGGGCGGAGGAGAUCUCCCCGCCAAGUUCUCCGGAGCCCGACUCUGAGGGCGUGAAGCGCUUCUUGCCCGGCGAUGUCUCCCCAAUAGAGGAGGACGAUCACGCAGCAGCUCUUCUCCAGCAGCACCCGGCUUUCCGCAACAACGGUGCUCAGAAUGACCACUCGAGACGGCAGCAGACGCCCACCCCCGAGACAGGCAGGCAAUCGCCUCGCCGGGCUCCCAACAGCCGUGGCGGUGGUGCUACCAGCAUUCCCAUGAUGCGUAGGGAACGGAGGAAGCAGUCAGGUACCGUCAUGCGCGAGCCAAACUCUACUAAUCGGGACCACCCACCACGUCAAGAACCACCCCGCUGGGAUCGGCUGACAGGUGAACCGACGGCGGCUGACCGUGCUCGGCCGUCUCAAGGGCCUCCUGCCGAAUGUUCUCAAGGUCUGGGAAUUACAGCAACUGCCUGGGCAUCCCCGCAGACCAGUCCUACACAAGCGCCUCCAUCUUUCGCUGACAGAGUGCGGAGGAUUGCCAAGAAGGCUGCUGCUGGCCGGGAGAGAGAGCCUCAGCAUGACACAGAUCCCGCUGCGGGCGCCUUCACAUCAAACCGCCCUGGUUGGCGAGGUGCGAGCGGCCGAACUGCCAUCGUUGAGCCCGUCCACGACACUCCUGAAGUUGCACCCCUGAGGAUCCCCGAGAAGAGCAGCAGGAGAACUCUUACACCAGUACAAGCAGACAAACCAAGGCCUGGCAUCUCACUAGGGGGUGUGCCACGGCGAGGACAAACCCCACCCAUCAGCCCUCCCGCAACUGAAACGUCCACGGUCAAGGCCGGCUUGCGGGAGACGUCGCACAAUGUCGUGCACACUCCGUCCCAGCUGACUCCCCCGACGGCCUAUCUCCAUUCAGAGAAUGCGCAGAGCUACCCGAGCCCGCCGCUUUCGAGCACUCCGCUCAGCGGGGGGGAUGCACCAGCCAUGGCUGCCAGACAGCUCUCCAGGGAUGCCGUCCCCAGCAUGGCCGCACUCCCCAGCCCCGAGUUUAACAGCCCGCACGAGUCCAACGUGAUUCGCAGAAAGCCACCUCCGGUACAUACUCACCAUCAACACCAAGACUCGGUCUCCUCUGUCUACUCGCAACCACCUCGAGGACCACUGCACACUUCCCCGCUCACUAUUCCUGAUAUUGCCCCGCCGGCUACCCUAGCCGCCAACAACGACACCUACGUCCAGCCUCCCUCUCGCUUCAGCAUAACCACAUACGCCACCAGCCACACGGGUACAACCCGGGAUGACGGCGACGAGCUAGUUGACGAGGACCAGCCACCUGUCCCCUCACUUCCAGUCGGCCUCCACCACGGCGGCAAGAUCGACCCGUCCUCUGACAACAGCCCGGUGACGUCUCCGAUCGACCAGUUCAUGACGUCGCCUUUUACCACCCAUACGGAGCAGUUGAGGAUGGUAAACCCAGCUGUUGCCCGUGCGCAGGCCAUUGAACGCCCCAGUUCUCGUGCUUCAGACAUCAACAAGUCUCUGCCUCCAGCACCACCCGAGGGUGAAGCCCAGGAUCGUGUCGGGUUGCUGAAUGCCCAGUUGAGAGCGUUGGCAAACAGGCGAAUCAACAUCAACAGGUCCAUUACCCAGAUGACGGAGAUGAUGCCGACGGACAAGCUGAUGAACAGCGAGGAGGUGAUUAGAAAGAGGGAAAUCGAAAAGAAGAAGGUAGAGGCGCUGAAGCAGGAGUUGUCUGAGGUGCAGAGGGAGGAGUAUGAACUGGGCUUGAAGCUGCACCGGGCUUACAAGAGGCUGGAUAGGGAUAACGAGUUUGAGCCGACGGGGUUGUGGGUGAGGAGAGUUACGAACUAGGAUGGUAUUUUUGAGGGAGAGGGGAUUGCGGUACGGGUUUUUGUUGGAAUGGGACAGGAUCUUAAGCGCAGGAGUUUUGUCAUGGGUGUUAUGGAUACUUGUUAUUUAUUUGAUGGGGAGACGGAUUGUUAGCAGCAUGUUUGGCGUUGAUUUGUUCAUUUUAGCUUGAGCUUGCUUUGGUUGUUUUGCUAGUUUUGGAAGGAUUUGGG